AUGGCCUCCAUCUCGCCAACAGAAUAUGAAACCCGCCUGUUCAUCAAUGGAGAGUUUCGCUCUGCGUCGAACUCAGAGACAUUUCUACUGAAAUCACCAACAACUCUCGAGACAGUCGCUCUGGUCUCGGAAGCCUCUGUGCAAGACACAAAUGACGCAGUUGCAGCGGCCAAGGCGGCAUUUCCAGCAUGGUCUAGGCUUUCGCCUCAUGACAGAGGAGCGUACAUGUUGAAGCUCGCCGAUCUGAUUUUGGAAUCCGAACAGGAUUUGGCUUAUCUGGAAGCUAUCUCAAUGGGCCGACCCGUUUCUGGAUACUGGGAUGCAAAGGCCGCAGCAAAGAAGCUUCAAUAUUUUGCAACGUCCGGGUGGAAUGUCCAGGGUCAGACGACUCUCAACACUCCGGGAUAUGUUAACAUGACCGUCAGGCAACCCUUUGGCGUGGUCGGUGUUAUCAUUCCGUGGAAUGUCCCGGUUGCACCAGCGAUUGCGGCGGGUAAUACCGUGGUCAUAAAGAGCAGCGAGAAGGCACCUCUAACGUCAGCAAAACUCGCUAGUCUUAUCCAGACUGCCGGUUUUCCUCCGGGAGUAAUCAAUGUCCUCUCCGGCCACGGCAACAUCUCAGGCACAACGCUUGCACAUCAUAUGGAUGUCAGAUUGAUCACCUUCACUGGCUCAGGUCGGACUGGACGUCUGAUCCAGCAAGCAUCUGCAAAUUCCAACCUAAAGAAUGUUAUUUUCGAACUCGGAGGCAAGUCUCCUACUGUUAUAUUUGGAGAUGCGGACCUCGAAAGGUCUGCAAAAGAGUCUGCACACAGUAUUCAAUGGAAUAGCGGUCAGGUAUGCAUGGCAAACUCUCGAGUCUAUGUCCAUGCGUCUGUUGCGGAUACGUUCAUCUCUCUGUUCAAAGAACAUUUCAAGUCUGUCACGCUUGGCGAUCCUACCAAUCCGCACGUCAACCACGGACCACAGGCGGACGAAGCUCAAUUCAAUAUCGUGAAACGCUAUAUUGAGCUGGGAAAGAGAGAUGGCCAACUCAUACUUGGAGGAGACAAUGUCACCGACCACAAAGGGUACUUCAUUUCGCCUACCAUCUUCACAAAGACACCAGAGGAUUCUCCAAUUAUGAAAGAGGAGGUAUUUGGGCCGGUGGUUAAUAUCAACGUAUUUAAUACGGAGGAUGAGGUGAUCCAGAUGGUGAACUCUACCGAGUACGGGCUCUACGCUGCCGUCUAUACCCGAGAUGUGAAUCGAGCUAUGCGUUUUGCUAUGUCUAUGGAGGCUGGAACCGUCGGUAUCAACUGCACGAGCCCAUCCGGUGCCUUCGAUUUGCCUUUCGGAGGAUUCAAAAGCAGUGGAAUUGGGAGAGAAGGAAUUCACCACAGCGUGGACAACUACUUGGAAACAAAGUCGGUCCUUUUCAGGGUGGAUAACGAGCCGUAA